CUGAUAAACUACAGACGAUAUAGCAAGAUAGUCUUCUUAUUGUUUACGCACACAUGGAUUCUUUAUUCUUCGCUGUGAUCAUUCUUGAUCUGCUAAUUAUUACCGGGGUGAUGGGCUCCGAAAACAAAAGAUUCGACGAAAAUUAUGUAGUCACAUGGGGAAAUGAACAUGUUAUGUAUACGAAUGGAGGACGAGAUGUUCAGCUUUCCAUGGAUCAGUCUUCAGGGGCAGGUUUUGCCUCAAAGCUGAGCUAUGGAACCGGGCUCUUCCAUAUGAGGAUUAAAUUACCCUCGGGCGGAUCUGCAGGAGUUGUUACAGCUUUUUACCUGCAUUCUCAUACAAGUAAACACGACGAGCUCGAUUUUGAGUUCUUAGGCAAUAAGAAAGGGAAGCCAAUCACGCUACAGACGAAUGUGUACACCAAUGGACAAGGAAAUAGGGAGCAGAGGGUCAUUCUCUGGUUCGAUCCAACGGCUGAUUUUCAUAACUAUCAGGUUCUUUGGAACGAACAUCAGGCAGUGUUUUUUGUGGAUGAUGUUCCGAUUAGAGUAUUCAAGAACAACACGGACGUCGGGGUCGGCUAUCCAUCACAGGCCAUGAAAAUCGAAGCAAGCCUGUGGAAUGGAGAGGACUGGGCAACAGAUGGAGGAAAGACGAAAAUCGAUUGGUCUCUGUCACCAUUUAAAGUUCAUUUCCAGGGCUUUGACAUUGAUGGAUGCCCUGCUGCAACUGAUCAUAAGAACAAGAACAAAUUAUCCAACAGCACUAAUCAGAGUUGUUAUUCAUCUGAUGAAUUUUGGUGGAAUGCAAAAAAGUACAGAAAAUUAACUCACAAACAACAAGAAAAAUAUGAAAAUGUGAGGGCACAGUACAUGAAUUAUGAUUAUUGUUCUGAUACUAACAGAUAUCCUGUAGCUCCCCCAGAAUGUGAAUCAAACAGUUGAAAUAUUUAAGUUUAAUAUACUCUAAUCGAUUAUUCUUAUUU